AUGGAUAACUCUGCCGUAGCUGGGGAUUCUAUGCGAGCGGCGCUUGAGUACUGGGCACAGUUCGUCGCACGAUGUAUCUCGCAACGACUUGAGACAGACAAAUUCGAAGCCUUCGCUCGACUCGUCCACGAUCAGCACCCUCUACCGCCCGCUCUCGUCGCCGACUUCUUCCUUCGUCCUCAGCCAACAAAUGACAACAGUCUCGACCCUCGAAUCCCGCCGUACCUACAAAUCCUGACAAAACUGGGCUAUGCCGAUACUCCAUCAAUACUAAGAGCCCUGUACAAGUACUCCUCUUCUCAUGCGCAUGUGCAAUUGCAACAGCAGCAACUCAGUGGCAACACUGGAAAGGAAGGGGAGAAAGAUGGUGAAAAGGACAAGGGACAAGAGAAGGAAAACUCCCAACCUGAGAAGAAGAUCACGCGAUGGAAGAACUCCUACUGGGCUGAGGAGGUACUCUUCUACGGCCUUACCAAGGCUGUGGUUGAAGGCAGAGCGAUACGAGAUUCAAAGACGGCAUUGGACGUUGCCAUGAUCAUAUCUAAAUGGAUGGAGUUGUUCACCACCGCAUCAACCGCCUUUGCGACCGAUAUGCUUGCGCAGCUGCACACAGCCCAGGUUAAGGACGAGAUGGAGUCGUCACGAGCAGCUCUAGUCGCAUUGAUGCUGCGAUUGUACGAGAAUGAUAUUCUUGUAGUAGCCGUAAGCAAACCUUUUGCCAAAGAUGUCCGAAAGGAGCUAUCUACCAGCUUGGCAAGUUUUGUCCCAACGUUACAGCUUGUGCCACAGAUUACAGACAGGCUCGAACUGUUUCGAACCGAGAUUCUUCAUGCCAACUCUGAUGCUGCCGAUAAGAAGAAGCAGGUUGCUAAUGCCGCUAUGGAUGAGCUUCUUGACUCUACGGUUGGGCUUAACAACUUUCCAGUAGCGUUGAUUAACAUCAGUAACACCCGAGCUGGAUUAUACAUCUAUCUGAAUGCUGCACUUAUUGCACGCCCUCUUUUGGACGACCAUGCUCUCUUUUCCUACAUGAGCAACAAGUAUCAAGGCGAUGUGCAAUCAAGCGCCAUUGACCUUAUCCUGGCGUCCUUUGAUAUCCUUGCGAACGCUGUGUUCCGAAACGAAGGGCAGAAAGAUGCCCACCUUCUACGCUCCUUUUUGAUCAACAAAGUCCCAUUGCUUCUCUACCAGCUCUUGCCUCCCGGCUUCCCAGGCACAUCAGCUGAAUUCUGUAUCACAGAGGCUUUAACCCAUGUGGACACCAGCCUGUUCCCUACCGCCUCGCUCAUGUUCGACGAAUCUAGGAAUAAUAAUCCUUACACUGAAAGUAUCCGGGAAGAAUUCUGCGCCGCUUGCGUCCUGCAUGGUCUUGUGCAGAGAGAGCAUGUUGAGAGGAUCCUGGGAGAGAUUUCUCUUUCUUACGAGCCAUCUCUGCAGAAACACUCCAAGGAUAAAUUGGUUCAGGAUUGUUUGUCAGAUACAGAUAAAAUUCAGGGUUUGGUCCGGGAGCUUGAUAAGAUGGAUGGCAAUGUUGGUGCCGUUUGCCAGGCUCUUGUCGAGGUGUUGCGUCAGUCAUGUCAUAGCAAAGAGACAAUGUCCCUCAAACUACUAUGCAGUCAACUCGCUGCGAAACCUCAGUCAUUAGAUAUCAUUCUUUUGUUCGAGAAGUUACCAACAAUACUGGAACCCCUAUGCCAGCUGCUUGACAAUUGGAGGUAUGAAGAGGAUCAGGAAGAGUACCAACCCGUGUAUGAGGAGUUUGGCGCCAUGUUACUGCUGGUUUUGGCCUUCACCUAUCGAUAUAACCUGAACGCAGUGGACAUUGGUAUCACAACUCCCGACUCAUGGGUAGCCAAGAUCAUCGGCAGAGGCCAUAUUGGACGACAAGGCGAUGAGCUUACGCAACGAGAGAACGACCAUCUCAACGGUUGGGUUCACGGACUCUUCGACACCGAAGCUGGUGGUCUUGGCGACGAGUUGAUGUCCUCUUGCCCACCACAAGAGUUCUACCUUGUUGUGGCGCCCCUAUUCCAGAGCAUUGUGGUUGCCUACACGCACGGCUACCUCAAUGAUGAAAGCCUCAAGGGAGGCAUAGAAUACCUCGUAGAUACCUUCCUACUGCCAUCCCUCGUACCAGCAAUCCGGUUCCUGGCAGAAUACCUCUGGAUUGAUCAGAAGGAGCAAAAGUCGAUUAUCAAAAUCUUGCAGCUAAUCCUCCUUCCAAGUUCUAUCUCUGGGGAAGCAAGCUCAAUGCUUUCAUCUGUCAAAAAUCUCAUUGCAAAACCUCUGGAGCACGCCCUACGUACAUACCAGCGCCGGGAUCCAAAGAACCAAGACAUUGAGCCUCUCCUCCGGACACUCAAGGACAGUAUCCCGCUUUCACGCCGAACAGGGGGCACGGAUCUAAAUGAGCUUGAAUCGUGGACUGCUACGCCUCCUAGUGGCCUCUCCAGUGCUGUCAAACUUACUAUCCAAGGCCUCAAUCACUGGAGUAUUCAUCCUGCCAUGAACAGCAUGCCUACCUCCUACACCCACAGGCAGAUUUUAGCUGGAUUGAAAAUAUUGGGCCCCAAACGACUAUUGCAUGUCAUAUUGGAGGAAAUCCGACAGCACACAGCAUCCGGAAGUGCCAACAUCGUUUAUGACGUGGCUACGUCGUUGAUAUGCGCGCCUGAUGCUGUGAAAGACGCACCUGCGGUGAACAUGCUCGACGCAAAUGGCAACAUGCUCCCACCAGUACAGCGCCAGCGCACACUCCGAGACCUCCUCAAGGUAGAAGCGGAGGGUUGCAGGAAGCUUCAGAAGAAAGACCCAGAACUUGCCGAGAUCGUGGUCCGCCUACACCGCCGCGUCGAGGCUCAGAUGGUCAUUCCCCAAGCGCAAGGAAUGCUUCAAGCAGCGGAUACGACACUCAAUCUCGACAGCGACACUGCUGCGCUCGGAGACGCUAUGGCCGCAGCGGCUUUAGGGGUCCAGGGCGAUAGCAUGUCGGUUGACAACCUGACUCUCGAUGUCAGCAUGGGUGGUGUGCCCUCUGACCUGGGACUUGGAUCGGCCAAUGAUGGAGGGAGCUUGAAUGCAUCAGGCGAUGGCGACAUGUUUGACGGAUUUGACACACAGGAUAUCGACAACUUCAACUGGGACAUUGGGAAUUCGUUUUGA